AAUGCUAAAGGCUGAGCAGUGGGGAGGACGACAGCAGGAGGGGAGCUGGGGAUACUGGGAUCUGCAGGAGGAAUCCCCCCCCUCUGUCUGCCUUUCUGUAUUUAUAUAUUCCUCCUGUAUAUACAGUAACGUGCUUCAUUCCUCUCCUUUUGUAUCUGUCCUCUCACAUGUUCCCUGCUUUCCACUGUUAGCUCUUGUCUCUAGCUUAGGUUGGACUAGACACAAUUUUUUUACACUUUGGUCCUCACCUCUCCACUUUACUUUCUAUGGUUACUGCUCUUUGCCCUUUACUCGAUUUACCUUUCUUUCUAAAGUUUUUUCUUAUAAAUCCUCGUCUAUAUCAUCCAUUUCACUUUAGUUUCCGAGUCCUAUUUCUUCUUAUCUCCUAACUCUCAGCAUCCUUCCAAAUGGGGACAGCUAUUUGCCAAGAUGGGGAUCUAGAUUUUCGCCUGAUUUUUGGUGAAGAAGAUUCAGACUCUCCAUCGCCCAGGAGUACUCUGCACACAGCUGAUCUGGAAUCAGAUGACCCCUCACUAUGCAAUGAUGGGACCACAGAUACCCUGACACUUAAUCUAUCUAAUACCUGUGUGGCUGGUGGAGCAGGUAGUGGAAUGGGAUGUGCAAGGGCAGGCAUGCACUCACCACCCCCCAGACGUUCAUCAGAUCAUGAUAUAAAUGGAACAUUCCUCAGCCAGCCAUCUAGGUUCAUUCCACUGGGGGGAUCACGCUUCCUGGAGUGUCCCAGUAUACGUAUAACAAGUGAUUCACCCUCAAACAGUGAUGGCGAACAGGAAGAGCAAGGCAGAAGAGAUAUUUGGGAUGAAAGACCACAUCGUGAUCAACUCUUCUUGCCCCCCGAUCCAUUUGUGUAUCGGGACUCUUUUCUUAGCCCCAGCCCAGCAAGUAGCCAUUCUUCAUGGAGCAUUCUUUCUUCUGAAGCAUCCUCUUGUGAUUCUCUAGGACAAAUGUGUGAAGAGGUGGAAAGGGAGCUUAACGAAGCUGCAUCUCGAUUCACACUAGCAUCCCCUCUUGGAUCGCCAAGAGGUUCACCAAAACCCUGGAGUGUUCAUAAUGAUGAAUUCUGGCCAAGUGGUCCUUCAGUUCCUCCAGCUUCAUCUCGAGAAGAACUACUGUCACCAUAUCCUCAAGGUCAAAUUUCAAGGCCUACCUCACCAUGUGGCAAAAGGAGGUAUUCAAAUUCUAAUGAAGAUAGUAUCCACCAUACCAGCUCACCUUCCCCUUCUCCUUCACGCAGGGGAAGCCUGGGAGAUGAAAAUCUCUCUUCUGAAGCAGAGGCUUCUCCUAAGCCACCCGAGCACAACCAACAAACCAUAUCGAACUCUCAAGAAAGAGGAGAUAACAUUCCCCAAAAAGCAAGGAGAACUUCAGCAGAACAAACAGUUGCCCCUGUUAGGCCGGAAGAAUCUUCCAGUCCAGCAAAGACUUUUUCCUCUGGAGCAUCUGUAUGUCUAAGUGACGAGAACAAUAUGAUGUUCCCUCAAACCAGGAAAGAAAAUGCGGGGAUGGAUUAUUUGGCUGUGCCUUCAGCAUUGGCCUGGUCAAAAGCAAGAGUGGGAGGACAAAGUCCUGUUUUUAGGUCAUCCUCUUUGCCACCUUUGGACUGGCCACUGCCCUGCCAAUAUGAAGGCUUAGAACUGAGAAUAGAGGUACAACCCAGGACUCAUCAUCGAGCUCAUUAUGAAACAGAAGGGAGCCGGGGUGCAGUUAAGGCUUCACCUGGAGGACAUCCUAUUGUCAAGCUUUUAGGAUACAAUGAAAAGCCUCUUACUCUUCAGAUGUUCAUUGGCACUGCAGAUGAGCGCAACCUGAGACCUCAUGCCUUCUACCAAGUUCAUCGGAUCACAGGAAAAAUGGUUGCUACACCAAGUUAUGAAGCACUUGUAGGAAGCACCAAAGUUUUGGAAAUGUCUCUACUGCCUGAGAACAACAUGUGUGCCAAUAUAGACUGUGCGGGAAUCUUGAAACUCCGGAAUUCAGACAUCGAACUUAGGAAGGGAGAGACAGAUAUUGGCCGCAAAAACACACGUGUCCGCCUUGUUUUCCGGGUGCACAUUCCACAAGGAGGAGGAAAAGGCAUCUCUCUACAAGUGGCCUCCAUACCUAUAGAAUGCUCUCAACGUUCUGCUCAAGAGCUCCCUCAAGUGGAGAACUAUAGUCUCAGUGCAUGCUCAGUCAAUGGCCGUGAAGAAUUGCUACUAUGUGGUUCCAAUUUCCUUUCUGACUCAAAAGUUGUCUUCAUAGAGAAAGGUCCAGAUGGAAAACUUCAAUGGGAAGAGGAAGCAAAAGUAAACAGACUAAAGAGCAAUGAGUCUUUGCUGUCUGUACAAGUCCCAGAAUACUGCAAUAAGGAGAUCACAAGACCCCUGCAAGUCUACUUCUAUAUUUCUAAUGGGCGUAGGAAGAGAAGUCCUAUGCAGAGCUUUCGCUACCUACCAAUCAUAUUUAAAGAGGAACCACUUCCUGAAAUGACCUUACAUAGAUUUCCUCCUUCUUCGCUUCCUCCUCCAUCUCACAUAAAUUUAGACCCUGGUCAUAUGGAGUUAUCCACAUCAUUUGAGUCUCCUGUAACGCCAAAUUUAUCUGAAGCACCUAUGGAGGUGUCUCCUUAUUAUAUUUCUCCACACCAGGAAAGAAUGUUUUCAGGAGUUUCAGACUGUAGUGCAGGCAAUAGUUCUUUUUUAGGUUGCUAUUUUAAUCCAACAGUCCUUUCUGAAUUGAAAUGUCCACCAUCCUACCCAGAGAAUGGUGGUGACAUGUCUAUAACUCUGCCAUUUCAAACAAUUAACUCAGCACUACCACCUAGUCCGGUUCCCUGGUCCCCACAGCCACGUUCAUCCCAUCCCACUAGCUCAAAUACGUUUGGAUCCUUACAUCCACAUUUAAACACCAACAACAAACUGGAGGAGAGGGGAACAGGUUCUCAUGCAAAUUACCAAUCUUCUCCUAUUUUGCCAAGUUUAGAAUUUGAUAGUACUCAACAUUUUGGCCCAGGGUAUGAGCCUUAUCCAUCCUGCCCUCCUCCUACAUACACUACAUUAGGUGAGGUUAAUAGCUUAAACACCAUGCACUCUAAACAGUCUACAGCAUCUCCAGAAAUAAGCAGAACAGAGCAAAGUACAAGCAAUCAGCAAUUUACUCAAAGCACGCUUUCAAAUCACUCUACCAAUCCUGUUCACCCUUUAAGAUCAAAAAUAGAUGAAGUGGGAUCAGUGAGUCACACAGGCUUUUCCACUUCCAAUUCAAGUUUAUCUUUAUCCUGUAAAGAUAAUGGUGGGUCCCAAACAUUUUCUACAGACUACCAUAAUAUGUCCUCCUGUAGCCCUUCCCAACUCACCACCUUGUGCCCAUCAACACAUCCUGCUACCUUCUCCUCUUCUCCUUCUCCAACCAUCCCUAGUACUUCAGAUCCUGGUCAUGAGGGUACCUCUGAUACUACAGUUUGUAUCCCAUCAAACCAAAAUGAAAAAGAUGUCUGUUAUCAAGAACAUUUGGAAGAAUAUACCAAGUCUGCCAACAGUGGAGGUGGAGAGGUGAGAAAAGAACAUAGCCAAGUUUUUGAAAACCCUUUCCAUCCAAUACCAAUCCAGGGAAUCACACUGGAAGAAGUAAGUGAAUUUAUAGGUCAAGACCUGCACAGUUUUCCAGAGAGGCAUCAGAAUUAAAGCAUGGCAUCAAAUCAAAAAUAACCAUUCCAUUAGGAAAAAACUCAUUUCUACAGUCAAUGAAUCUAAAUCCAACCAUCGAUAGAAGAACUAGGAUCUUCUGGAUAUUAUCUUGCUGAAAGGACUUCUCAACUAGCAUCUUCUACACAUUUUUUAAAUGGUGGAAACAAAUGACGUGUAUUUUACAGUCGGCUGGUUCAGGCUACCAAAGAUCUACAAAAAGGAUCCAAUUCAAUCAUUUCUUCAGGGCAUAAAAAUGACACACAAAAAAGUUGUGAAAAUCAAGAGAACAAACCAGGGAUACAUAGGGAAAACCACCGAUUACCAUACUUUAUGAUUUGGUCUUACUGGUGAUAUGUGAAAUGUAGGGCCAAAUGUUCCACAAUCUACAUAUUAUCAUCACCACAUGUAAAGUGACCUUAAGUAACUUUCUUUUACCAUUUAGCUACAGAUGGCAUGUGCGCCUGUGCCAACAUUUUAAUGCCUUUCCUUUACAGGAAUGUAAGUCAUCUGGUUUCAUUUUCUUGAUAUAUUUAUGGUCUUCUCUAUUCCGAUAUUAUGUGUCUGUUUGUAAAUCAUAUGCGCUCUGAUCUGAACCUGACUACUGGUGCAUUUUGUUAAAACCCAAAAAUUCAUGAGUAGGCUGUUCUCCUAUAAUAUAUGUGCCAAUGCCAACAGUGGAGAGGAAAGGACAAUAUGCACUGUGUUAGAAUACCACCACAGACGGGACACAUGAAUACAUUUUGAUGGAGAGGCUUUGGACACAGAAUAUAGAAGUGACUAGCAUACUUUCAGCAGUGCUUUCCAAUAGUUCUUCAGAAUCUAAUCAGGGUUUUUUAGUUUUUUUUUUAGAACACAUCAGAAAGACCUGUCACAUUUAUUUACCAGUGGCACAUGAAUCUCAGUGAUACUUGGCUGAACACAUUUCAGCCAGAAUAUAGUGCAAGAAUUAUAGAAUGCUCUAACCAACCUUACAUGAAGUCCAAUGAGUACAGAGUAUCCCUGGGCAUAAUACAACUGUUCGGGAACAUCAGCAUUCAUGUUUUCUGGAGUAUGUAGUCUGCAUUUCCAGUAUGCUAUUUGUAUUAAAAUACUCAGGAAGCAAAGUCACAGGGCUAACAAUAUUAAGCCAUUCCUAUUUAUGGAUUUAGGCCCUUAUCUAUAGUAAUUUGUAAAAUAUUCUACAUAUCCUGAUAUUCUAGGUAAAACUGGAGGCAAAAUCUGUAAAAAUUAAUAAUUACAAUUUCUGUCAAACUCAGGGGAUGACCCAAAGUCAUUACAGCCUUAUACCAUAACCCAUCGUUAUAUACAGUACAUUCGGAAAGUCUUCAGGCCCCUGCACUUUAUUCACAAAUUUUCCUAUGUGGCCUUGUGCUAAAAUAAAAAAACAAUUCAAGUUUGUCCGCUUCAUUCUACACUUAAUAGUCAUAAUGACAAUGUGAAAACAGAAUUUUCAAAAUCUUUGCUAAUUUAAUGAAAAACUAAACGCUUGCAUUGACACGUACUAAGACCCUUUACUUAGUAGUUAGCUGAAGCACCUUUGAACACCAUUACAGCCUUCAGUCUUUUUGGGGAUGAUACCACGACAUUUUCACACCUGGAUUUGGGGAUUUUCUGCCAUUCUUCUAUGCAAGUCCUCUCAAGCUUUGUCAGCUUGGGUGGGGACAGCCAUUUUCAGGUCUCUCCAAAGAUGUUUGAUUGGGUCCAAGUCAGGGCUCUGGUUGGGCCACUCAAGGACUUUCACAAAGUCACUCCUGGGUUGUUUUAGCUGUGUGCUUAACGUCAUUGUCUUGUUGGAAGGUGAACAUUUGGCCCAGUCUGGGGAUCAGAUUUUCAUUAAGACUCUGUACUUUGCUCCAUUCACCUUUCCCUCAACUCUGACCAGUCUCCCUGUCCCAGCUGCAGAAAAACACAUAAUCCUGUCAUGACCAUGCUUCACUGUAGGGAUGGUAUUUGGCAGGUGAUGAACAGUUCCUGUUUUUCUCCAGGCGGUUAUGGUUGACCUUCUGGAUGUUUCUCCCUGUAAGGCCUGGGCCUUCUGAUAGACCUCCCUCUGCUUCACCUGUCAUAACCCCAGCAUCUCCUGCCUCGCUGCCAGCUGCUGUCUCCUCCAGAUGUGGCAGGCGGGUACCUGCCAGACGUGUCCUUCAACCACGCUGCCUCUGUGCUCCAUCCCAUGUUGGCGUCCUAUAGGGGCGUGCGCCCGCCACUUACUGUCAUUUAUGCUUCCAGGGGAGCAUACUUCCUGCCUCCCAGCAUGGCUCUUGGGUGGGGUAACAAGGUUAAAUAGCAGCCUCUUCUUCCAGGAAGUUGCCUGAGCAUUUAGUUACUAUCAGUAAUAGCAAAGGUGUAAUAUUCAGAUCUUGUGUGCUUGACCCAGCCUGUUUGAGCAUUUUGUUUACCUGCCGUCUGCAUCGACUACUGGACCUGUCUGACCCUGAGCCUGUUUGAUCUCUGUACCACGCUACUAUCUGAUACCGGCUUCUGAUCUCUGGCUUGUCUCUGACCACACUUCAGCUUCUAGCUCUGACAAUCAUCAUUAUCAUCAGCUGCUGCCUUUACUCCAGUCUUCUCUGCAAUACCAUGCCUCACCACCGUGUCUAUGACUCACUAACUGCGGUUCUAAACGCAACUUGUGCUAUUGGAGCGUUACCUGUUGUCUGACUCUGUGAGUCAACUGUCAAUCAUAUUAGCUAAUCCUGUAGGUAGUGGUUCAGUUUCUCUCUUGCUGUGUUCUGUCCUGUCACCCACUGGUUGUAACACUCCUAUCUGCACACAGAAUCUCUAAAGCUUAGCCAGAGUGCUCAUUGGGUUUUUGGUCACCCCUCUUACCAUGGCACUUCUCCCCCAAGUACUUAAUAUGGUCGGACAGCCAGCUCUGUUGCUCCAAAUUUCUUCCAUUUAAGAAUUAUGGAGGCCCUUGGGAGCUAUCAGUACAGCCAAAAUUGUUGUACCCUACAGGCUCUACAGGCAGUUUUUAUAACUUAUGGCUGGGUUUUUGCCCUGAUAGGCAAACAGGUGUGAGAACUUAUAUAGACAGGGGGUGUCUUUCUAAGUCAUGUACAAUGAACUGAUCUUACCAAUGGUGAACACUAAUCAAGGUGUGCAAACAUCUCAAAGAUAAUCAAGAGAAAUGGGAGGCCCCCAGAGCUAAAUUUAAAGUGUCAUCACAAAAGCCUGAAAGAUUUUCAGUCUGUCCUUUUUAAUAUAUUUGAAAAAAAUUCUAAAACUCAGUUUUUAUCUUCUCAUUAUGGUAUAUUCAGUGCAGAUUGAUGAGGGAAAACAUUUUGCCACAUAAUAUAAUGUGAAAAAAGUGAAAAGUUACAAUUUGCAUCGCAAUGGAGUGAUUUUAAUGUUAGCGGUCUGGGGUUUCUUUUACCUAUACCAAGAUUCAUAUCCAAAUGUUUUUGCCGUUCUUUUGUAAAUCCAGUUGUAAUUUAUUAUUCAUGCAAACUGAUUGACAUGUCACAUAAAAUACAUGUAAACUAUGUGGCCUAUCCAUUUCUAGCAUGUAAACUAGCUUAAAAACAAGUGACUUACAGAUAUACUGUAUAUAUGGUCGGGGAUUUAUCAUGAGGGGAAUUGAAGUUAGUUUUGCUUGAGUCUGCAUUGCUAUUAUUUACACCAAAUUUAUCAAAUGUGGCAAGUUGCUUGAUAAGUUUGGUGCAUUUUUGAAUACGUCUAGAGGUUACUCCAGUUGUUAUGCCACCCAAUACCCACCCCACCCCCCCCCCCAACCUUAAAUGUGAACUACACCUCAUUAACAUAGCUAGCUCCAUUUUCAAAACUAGAAACUGGAGUACAAAUGCAAAAGUGGCAAACUUUAGCACAAGGAAACCCAAAAAGUCAAAUUUUGUGACUUUUUUAAGCCAGAAUUCUGGAAUGAGGGACUUAAUCGCCACCCCUAGUAUACCCGUCCCCCUUUCACAUCCCCCUCCCCCAUAGUAUUUAUGCUGAGAGAAUGUGAGAAGUCUCAGGCAAGCUUAUAAUCCGUUUUUCACAGCACAGUGCUACUUCCAUUCUUCUGUGUUAUGCAUAAAUCAGCCACAAAUGUGCUUGUCUUAUCCAAUGUAGCACUAAUUUAUGCAGAUGUACCCUCUGGAUCUCUGCCUUAAUAAAUGGUUUAUGUAUAUUUAUAUAUCUAUUAUUUUUAUAUAUGCCUUUUUGGCAAUUUGUAAGUUUGUAUUGUGCAGCCAGUCAAUUAAAGUAUGUUGA